AUGUUUAUAUACAUUAUAUCUAAUCUCUCUCAUAUACAGCCUGAUGUCAAUGAUGACGAUGGAAGUGGCAAUGAUGAUGGUGAAAAUUCAUUGCCGUUUGAUAAUGUUCGUCGAAUUACGUCUAAUUUUAAUCAACCACCAAUAAAAAAAAAUAAAAGUCUUCGACGUCGAGAAACAAUUGAUACAGUUCGAGGUCGACAAUAUCGAACAGCUUUACAACAAUUACAAGAUUUGUUUUGGCCUGCAUGA